CCUCUUCCUGGUUUCUGAUUCACAUCUCAUCUCAAAACACAAAAAAAAAGAGGAAGUCUCCUGACCAUCCUCACCAUUUCGUCUCCGCUCUCAAAACCAUCCCUCCUCCCCCCAACCUAUACUUAUAUAUAAUUAGGUAUAUUGCUUCUGUCGAAAUUAUGUAUUUCGAUAUAUACACGUAGAAUUACAUAUAUACAUAUAUAUGUAUAUGUAGGAGACCGAGAAUACGAUCUUCGAUCGGGAAAAAAGGGAGAAAUUUUGCAGAGAUCGAUAGAAAACCCUAGGAAAUCACGAGCCUCCGAUGUGUGCUAUUUUUGUGAGGGAAAUGAAGAGAUAGGUUGUUGUUGUUGUUGUUGAUUAAUUUGGGGGAAAUGUUUGUUAUUAGGGUAAGAGGCUGCCACGGGUUUUGAUUUCAUUUGGAUUUGACAUUUUUAUGUGUAAAGGUUCACAAGGUUAGGGAAUUCUAUCUCCAAGCUGGUUUGCUGUUGAAUCUAGAAUGAGGUGGAUCAGAUGCUAAUUUAGCUUAACUUUCGCUACUUUCAACUUAGGGUGGUUUUGUGAGCUUUUGUUUCCUUCUUUCUUUUUAUUUUUGGUUUAUUUCUUUAGUUGAUAUCGAUGCUGAGGCAAACAUAUGGAUACGGUGGAGGUGAUGGGGCUGAUUUCUGAGUUGUUGGUAUUGAAUAUUGUUUACUGGGCUAGAUUUUAGGUUUCUUUGGCUGAAAAAAUUGGUGAUAUUUAGCUUUUUAGGAUAUUCUGGGCUGCUUUUUCUGACUAAUGGCGUAAACUGUAGCCUGCCGGAAGCAGUUUUGAGCGUUAUUCUGGACUAGAAUAGAUUGUCGAGAGGUGCACGUGUACUAUAUUGGUUAGCAUUUUGUCAGAGAACUGUAUUGACUGUGUGGAUUUGAAGAAUGAGUUUGGAAAAAGAAGGCCGUAGCUCGCUGGAUAGUGCUGUGGAUGCAAGUCCCAAAACUGAAAAGGGAUCAAAAAUAUUGUAUACAAGAGAAUUUCUUUUAUCUUUAAGCGAGUUGGAGAUUUGCAAGAAGUUGCCAAGUGAUCUUGACAAGUCGCUUUUAAGUGAGUUGGAAGAUGGUCCACAAAGUACUAAUGAUCGGCUAAGGACCCAUGGCAGCUUACCAGUGCAGGGUUUCAGGCGAACUGAAUAUGGGUCAUCCCCACCAACUCGAGGGGACUCUGCGUACUACUCUCGAGGCAUAUAUGGAAGGUGGGACAGCCGUUCUUCUGGCCGCAGUGACCGAGACAGUGACUCACAAUCUGAUAGGGAAUCAGAGUCUGGAAGGCGCUAUAACAACCAAUCUCGAAGGUCUUGGCAGGGAACUGAGCAUGAUGGGCUUCUUGGUAGUGGUUCAUUUCCAAGACCAUCUGGAUACACAACGGGGGUCUCUACUCCAAAGCUUCGAGCAAAUGAUCAUUACCAACUUAACAGGAGCAAUGAGCCAUAUCAUCCUCCUCGCCCUUACAAGGCAGCACCACUGUCACGAAGAGAUACUGACUCAUACAAUGAUGAGACAUUUGGUUCAACGGAGUGUACAAGUGAGGACAGAGUUGAGGAAGAAAGGAGGAGGAGAGCUUCUUUUGAGUUGAUGAGGAAGGAACAACAAAAGGCUCUGCAGGAGAAGCAGCAAUCUAGUCUUGAGAAGUCUAAAGCUGAUGCUUCUUCAGAUAUUUCUGUCCUGUCGGAUGACAUUAAUGAGGAAAAGGUUAUUCUGGACAGGGACAAUGAGUUAGAUUCAACCACUAAUCCAUCUAUUUCAAGCAUCGAUAGUGGAAAAUGUGCUUUACCAUCACAUGCUACGUGUAGACCUCUUGUUCCCCCAGGUUUCAAAAAUGCAGUUGUGGAGAAGACUUCUGGAGUCAAAUCCUUGACCCAGUCUUAUUCAGUAGAGAAUGGCACUCUUGGUAGUCUGGAAAGAAAAUUUUCAGGAGAAAUAAGUUUGAGCAAUGAACCGCCUGAAGAUAAGACGACGCAUACAUUGUUGAGUAACAAGGGUGAACAAAUUGCCAAUUCAUCAUCAAAUUCAGAUGUUUCCAGCAAGAAAACUGGCAUGGUAGAUUUUCUACAUCAAACUUCCAUCCUUCCAGAGGCCCAUGAAGCCCUGGAUGAACCUGAAAUGAUCAAGCUCAAUGCCAAAGCAUCAGGACUCAAACUUGGUGGAGAUUUGCGUGAGACUGAUGCAACAUCAAUUCUGGAAAAGAUUUUUGGCAAUGCAUCAACAGUGAAUGGCAAUGACUCUACAGAUUCUGUCGAGCAUCAUGAUGAUAUACCAGAUGAAUCUUGGAGCAAAAAAUCUGUUCAUUCGUCAAAGUUUGCCCGUUGGUUUGUUGAAGAAGAAAGGAAGACAGAAGAUGACCACUCCUCAGGUAGGCCAAAUGAUUUGCUCUCGCUGAUUGUUGGUCAUGAUAAAGGAAGAAAUCAAGUUGAUACAAAGAUUUUCGAGCAUUUUCCAGCUGAGUUUCCUGAUCAGAGAACUGAAAUUGCUAAUAAGCCUAUAACAAAUGCAUCCUCUGCAACAAUUGGAGUCUCCAAGUCAUUAUCCUGUUCAAAUAAGCAAGAGGUAGUUCCAGCCAUCCUAACCUGUGAAGACCUUGAGCAGACAAUUUUGUCAGAAUAUGGUGAGAAGAGUCCAACUUCAUUACCACCUUUGGAAGGCUGGAGUUUUUCUGGUGCAAAGUCUGGACGACCUACAGCACAUGUUGAUAAUCAUGCAUCUCAACACCUCCUUUCACUGUUACAAAAGGGAGCCAGCCAGAAAAAUGCAACACCGAGCAUUCCCGCAGAUAUUGAUCCUUCAGAAAUACAACCUGUUUCUGAUGUUUGUGAUGUUGGUCCUGCCCCCUACAAGACUGGGGAGAAAGUUGGCAAGAAUAGUAGCACUUUGGGAGAAACACUUACUCUCGAAACUCUUUUUGGGACUGCUUUUAUGAAGGAGCUCAAAUCAGUCGAAGCACCUGUUUCUGUCCAAAGGGGUUCUGUUGGUUCUGCACAAACUGAAUCUUUGGAACCGCAAGGACUAUCCUUUCCUAUUACUGAUAAUGGUUUAUUUCCUACGACAUUUGAUCAAAUAGGACUGGAUAAGAUGACUGAUGAAAAGAAUUUGUUGGUGUCAAGUCACAGGCAGCAAAUAAAGAUGGAUAAAACUGAAAAAUGGCUGGGAUUAAACGAUCCUCAAACCGAGUUGAACUUAUCAAAGCAACAAUAUGAACUUGUUUCGAAACAUGUUGGCUUCGAUGGAUCAGUUGAAUACCAGCUGCCUGAAGAGGAAAGCUUAAUUGCUGUCAGUGAAGAUCUAAAUGCUCGACUUUUUAGGUCAAUGCCUGGCAAAUUUUCAAGUAAAAAGGAAUCCUCAGCCUUGACUGCACCAGGCGAUAUGGCAGAGAAACUGGCAGCAAUUGGUGCUGCAGUCAAAGAUGAGAGGUCCAUGACUGGUUCAGAUGGGCCGCCCUUUUUACAUGGUCCUAUUAACCAGAUGGAACACGAAAUUCCGUAUCGUGAUUUUCAUGUUCAAACAUCAGCUUCCCACUUUCAUUCAAUGCAGAUGAGUCAUGAGAGGCCAUUGCUCAACCCGCUGGAUUCUCAUCCUGCUCACAUGAAUUCCCAAAUGAAGUUCAUUGGUAGGGAGAGCAUGAUUCAGCAUGAUGCUCCUGCCAAUCAGCAAUUUCCUGUAAAUAUGCUUCGUCCUCCCUUCUAUCAGCCUAGUGUGGGUGUGACUGGGUUUGAUCAUCCUGCGCAUCAUGCAAUGCUGCAGCAAAUGCAGAUGGCAGGUGGUCUGUCUCCACACAUGGAAAACGACUUUUCAAGGGGUGCCCCAGCCCCUCAUCUUGGUAAUCAAGCACCUGGUUUAUUGCAGGAACUCAACCCAAUGCCAGGAUAUCCUUUUGGGCCCCGUCAGCCCAACAUUGGUGGCCUUGGAAUGCCAUUUCCAGCUCCUGAUGUCAACGGUGGUAGCAAUCACCCAGAGGCUUUUCAAAGGUUGGUUGAAAUGGAACUUAGGGCUAAAUCAAAGCAGAUCCCUCCUUUUGCUGUUGGUCAUAGCCAGGCUAUGUACGGUCAUGAGCUUGACAUGGGUUUCCGCUAUAGGUAGUCGAUCGUGAAUAUGAUCUGGCUUGCUAUUUGUCCAUCAUCUUGGCUCCAGCUGUGACUGGUACAUGCUGAAUUGGGGAUAAAUGUCAUUUAUGUGCAAUCAAGUUGGGCUUCUUUGCAUUUGAUCCUUUGAAAUUGGCAUUCAAAAAUGAGGGGAAAAGCAAAAUCUGUAAUGUCCUUCCAGUAUUUUGUGUGCAGGAUCUUUGUAGUUUCACUAGCAAUCUAUUUUUCUUUGUCCUUUUUUUUUUUU